AUAUCGAUUGGUCUAGUUGUGUUUAUUAUUUAGAAUAAGCAGGCGCGGUGUUCUUAUUUUGUUUACACAUAUUAGAGUAGGUAUAAAAUGUUCCAUCCACUGUACUUGGAGUCACAAAUGGCAGCAGUUGAGUUUAGGGCUGUUCUGCACACCAACAUCACACAUCCCCUGACAACCAGUCAGCGUUCAGUAGUAUUCGGAGCACUCUCCUAUGAAUAUCGUAGGCAAUGCUUCCAUUUUAUACUCUUGGACUAAAGCAUCAUUUAUCUUCCAUGAAGAGAACAAGAGAGAAAACAUCAAAAGGAAAAAAGAGAAUUGAAACAGAAGCUACAAGUUGUUACUUUCCAGCAGCUACUGAGAAGGAAAUUGGUGCUGUAAACUCCAAUCUGGUGAUCUCAGAAACAUGUGGAAGCAUCAGAUUAAAGGAAGAGUUCUUUGACACAUACUGUGAAGACUUAGCCAGGAACCUCAUAGGGAAAGUACUUGUGAGAAAAUUUGAUAAUAGAACCUUGAAAGCUAGAAUUGUUGAAACAGAAUCUUACCUUGGUGGUGUUGACAAGGCUUCACAUUCUUACAAUGGGAAAAUUACUGAGAGAAACAAACCAAUGUUCAUGAAACCUGGAACAACUUAUGUAUAUUUCACAUAUGGAAUGUACCAUUGCUUCAACAUUUCUAGUCAAGGGGAUGGGGCUGCUGUUCUUAUAAGAGCAUUGGAACCAAUUGAAGGAUUGAAUUACAUGUGUCUCCAGCGACAGCAAAGCAGGAAAAGAAAAAACGAUGGAAGUGUAAAAAUGUCAUUGCAAAACAAUAAUCUGAAACCACAUGAACUAUGUAAUGGUCCAGGGAAGUUGUGUAUUAGCAUGAAUAUUGAUCGUCAUACUUGCAACAUGAAAGAUUUAAGUCUGUGGGAAGGGAUGUGGAUUGAGGAAGAUAAUGAAAGCCGUAAAAUAUCAGAAAGUGAGCUUUUUGUUAAAACACACAGAAUUGGUAUUGAUUCUGUUGGUGCAGAGUGGGCUAAGAAACCACUUCGUUAUUAUCUAAUGGGAAACAAAUCUGUUAGUCGGUUGGAUAAGCAGAAGGAGUUAGAACUUAGAAAUAUGGUUGUAUCAUCUUCAUGAGACACCCACUUUUGUGCAAUAUGUCCCUUGUGUUUUGUUACCAUUUUACUAGAACAGUAACUAAACUUAGUGUAAGAUUUUUGUAUGCUGGUGGACCAGUGGUUGGAAAAACUAGAAUACCUUCAUAUGAAGAGGCAUUAUUGUCCGCGCAUACAAAGUUGACACGUGGCACGGUGGCUGAUGGGAGGGGCGCAAAUGGGAAAUGCCUUUGCGAUCGCUCACAUCAGGCACCGCGCGGAGUGCCAACUUUGUUCGCAUGUGUAGCACAGUAGACUUUAAUCUGUGAUCCUCUGUUUGGAAUGGUCUUACUAUUAGAAGCAAUAACAGAAUAAAAACCUAUGCCAAACAUAUUCUGGCGUCUUCCAGAUUUAACAUUUCCAUUUUUGAUUAUAUGUAAUGUUUUCUUUAAAAAAAAUGCACUGAUUCUUUUAACUUGUACAUCAAAUGAAAGUGUGUAUUAUUAUUAUUAUUAUUAUUAUUAUUAUUAUUAUUAUUAUAGGUUUGGCCUCCUAAGGACGACGUCAAAUAACAUAUGUCUUCUUUCUUUCAAGUAGUUUUUCACGCUUUCCACAUGUUUUUCUCUUUUUUCUUCUGUGUCUGUUAUGCCGGUCAUUUUUCUUUGUUCUCUCCUGGAAGCCUUUGAAACUUUUUACUUUGUUCUGUACUUUUGUCUUUUACUUAUUUCUUCCUGCUUUAUUUACAUUUCCCUCAAGUCUGUUUUAACUCCUUUGAUCCCGAUCAUUGAUGUUUUUGGGUUUCUGUCAAAAAAAGUUAAAAAUUCUUUUUGUUAUUUUGUUUUCAUCUAGUCUUUCUAUGUGUCCAUAGAACACAACUCUUUUCUUCCUCAUCAUGUUUAAUGUUCAUUCUACUUUUUCAUAAAUUUCUUUAUUACUACUCAAUUUGCAUUUCCCAGUUUCAUAUGUUGGUCCCAAGAUUUUCCUGAUUAUUUUCCCUUCCUUCUAUUUCCCUAAUUGUUUGGCUGUAUUUAAUGAAAGGUGUUCUGAAGCAUAAAAGCAUUCUGAUCUAAUGACAAUGUUGUAACAUCACAGUUGUGAGUUUAUGGAAAUAAAUUCCUUGCUAUACAGAUUUUUUGUUAAGUUAAUAGCCACUUCCAAUUUCUUUGUGCUUGCUAAGUUAGUUUCUUUGUCCAAAGCAUUUUUUUGUAUUAUUUCCCCUAAAUAUUUAAAUUUUGUAGUCUUUUUUUAUUUCAUCCAUAAUCAGUUUCCAUGUAUUUUGGUGCCUCCAACACAUUUGUCAUAUACUCUGCUUUUUCAAAAGAUAUGGGCAUCAAAAGAUAUUGAAGCUGUGUCAUGUAGGAGAUCUAUCUGCAUUGUAGCCAGGAAUGCAAGACUGUCUGCAAAGGCCAAACAAGCAGUACUCAGAUUAUCCCCUUUUCUUCCAGUUGUGCUUUUUAAAGUCCUUCUUCUUCUUCUUCUGUUCUUUUGCUCCAUUCCUUGGUUACCUUUGCUAGUACGCAAUUGAACAGCAGUAGGGACAAUCCAUUUCCUUCUCUUACACCAGUUUUCAAAAGCCUUAGAGAUUUCACCCCAAAAUUUAAUUUUGUAUUUGUUAGUGUGUUUUUUUAUGGCUAACACUGAUUAGUUGUCAACUCCAGGGCCAGCUUGGGAGGGCGACAGAUCGAGCCAUCACGCAGAGCAGCAGAUUUUUGAGGAAGGCAAAAUGCUAUAUUUUAAUAUGGCUCCGAAAGGAUGAAUUAAACAAGACAGUGAAAGAAACUUCCUGGCAGAUUAAAACUGUGUGCCGGAUUGGCAGAUUAAAACUAUGUGCCAGACUGAGACUCAAAGUCCCUAGUUUGAGGCUUGGUCCGGCACACACUUUUAAUCUGUCAGGAAGUUUCAAAUCAGCGCACACUCCGCUGCAGAGUGAAAAUAUCAUUCUGAAGACAGUGAAAGUUUUCAUAAAGUGUGAGAAUAAAUUGGAAAUACAAACUAUUCAUAAAAUCUAGUGUCUUACUGUAAAUUAUAUGCAGUAUUGUGAAACAGGUGACAAGUGAAUAAAUGUUGGCAUGUAACAGCAUAA